CCAAAAUACUGAGAGAAUAACCUACUGUGUUCGCCGAGGAACCGCAGCGGAACGGGACAUUACACGGUGUUUUUCACACGGACCACAGCUGCACGGACACACAUGUGCAACAUGUAAACAGACGCAGGAAACUUCGCUGUGGACAUCGUUAUCAGAUGAUUUAAGUAGAGAAAAGUGUGUGUAUCAUUGUGUCGGUCAUGACAGACAUUUUAACACUUGUGUUUAGGACUUUUAUGUCACAGACGGACGUGAGGAAGGACCUCGACGUCGCUCCGCCGCCACCGACCACCUGCAGCACGCUGCUGGUCGGAGACAACAACAUCAGCCGCUCUGUGCUCCUGCUGGCGGCCGUGACAGCUGCCUCAGAGAUGGACGUCAAAGUGGUGUUUUUCACCCAAACACAAAUUCAAAGCCUUCCGGUGGCUUUGCAGAAAUGUGUUCCCAGCCUGAGCCCAGAGAGUUUAAAGAAAAUCCAGUUUUCCUAUCCCAGGACAGUGGAGGAGCUUUUGCAGCAGGUGGCCAGCCUUCACGAGUCCACCAACACGUCUCCCACACCUCCCUCGCUUAUCAUAGUUGACAGACUGGAGGGCUACCUGUGUGGGACUGGAGGCGGCAGCCACUCUGGAUUUCACCCAGGUGAGCAGUCCUGCGCUGCACACCUGUCUGCGCUGCUGUACGACAGUGCUGCCUUUCUCACACAAAUCCUGAGACAACGCACCUCGAGCUCGGGCCCCUGCCGUGUCAUCGCCUCUUUCCAGUCAGAAGUGGAAACUGGGCACACUGCCGAGGAGCCCAUCCUUGAUGUUCUUGAUCGCUAUUUCCCAGUACGCUGUACUCUGGACAGAGACAGGAGCUAUGAAGCCAUAGCAGCUGGACUACAGGAGGUGUGGCACCUUUACCUUUCUGGAACAGGCACCACAGAGGCCUCUAGUGCCAAAGACUGUGAGGACACGACUGGCGUAGCCCAAGAGUGGCAGCUGUUAAUUUCUCCUGAUGGUUUAAUGGAGUUUAAGUCGGUUUGAAAAUAUCUAUUCCAAAGACUUUAGCAAGUGUUCACUCAAGGAGUAGUUUUGUUCUGAGAAAUGGCUAGUUUAUAAGCACAUAUCCGAUUUAAAUUCAAGCAGAGAGGUAUGUCCAGUGGAGAUGACUACUGUGAUAUACUCCAGUAUAAUAGGCCUUAUCUUCAUGAGAAUUCUUUCAUGAGCAAAACAGUGUUUUCAACCAUGCCUUUCCAUUCCUUUAACUCAGAAGUUCUUGCCUUUGCUUUGACUGUCACGGCUCCUCUGGUACAGUGUCGUGUAAUAGAACCAAACGGCGUUGCAUUAUCACUGACACAGCACGAUGUGCUCUGGUGUUCAGCUUUUCAGGUACCAGUUAACAGCACCACAGUGGUUGCAGAUGUGCAACAUUUAAUGAGUUGAAUUUCAAACACGCAAAUAAAAUCUUACACAAUAAAAACAUCUACAUAGACAUUGAGGAAUGGAAUUGUUUUAAAUUUAAAUAAAUUAAAACAAUACACAGUCAAUACACUUAGACAUAUGUUCUGUAUAGCGUAUUUAGGUUUUUUCUUCUUUAAUAUGCCCUUAAUCAUUUUGUGACCCCUUAGUUUUAUGUUGCAAGUCUUUGAGAGGUCCCCUGUCCCUGAGGUUGGGAACCACAGAUUUACACAACACUGGAGUGAGACACUGGACUUAAGUGGCUGAUAUCACAGUUUAAGUAUUUUACAAAUCAAAAAAUAAUAUAGAAAAUACUUAUUUUGAAAAAUAAACAAUAUUUAUUUAUACAGAAUAUUAUUUUCAAAGUUUCUGAAAAUGAAAAACAGGGAACAAAAUAUUACUGUACUUCAAAGUAAACUCCUAAUGAGGAAAUACGCAAUAUGUAACCUAACAAGAAGACAUUUGCCAUUUAAGUGUGGCAAAUGUAAAACUUUCUCUUAAAAUAUAUGUUGCAAAACUCGGGGGGGAGAAAACUGAUAAUAGGCUAUCCACAAAUGUAAAACAAUGGGUAACCCUUUUUAUUAUUAUUAUUUUUAAUAAAUCUUUAAGUGCUCUUGUGACAAAUAUGCAACAGUUUGUAAGAGACAGACUGUUGUGGGUUCUGAGCUUUAAACCUUUGUUUCCUUUUUGUGUCACACUAUACUCAAAACUAUGCUCAAAGUCAACAAUGUAUAGAAAUGUAGUUAGUUAUAUGCAUAUAUGAAUGUAUUUGUUUUAUAUACUUUUUUCCUAAGCCACAAAAGAAAACAAGCAUGAAAAACAUAUGGAAAUUGUUCGGUUUGAUUUCAAAACUGCAAUGAAUUUAAAUGUUUUGAAAAUUUGUGUCAUGGUUAAAACUGUACUGUACAUGUUCUGCUCUACAGAGGGCAGCAGUGACUAAAAACACAACUUAAACAUGAUAAGAAAUAGACUUAGUAACAACUACAGUUAUCUGCAAAUGAAUACUGACUUAAAACCUUCCUGCACCUCCUACAGUAGUAGUAUUUCAUUUUUGCUCUGUGUUUAGGAAAUGGCAACAACUUUGAAAAACACAAAAAGCAUCAUAAUAUUAUUUACAAAUACAGUGAGUUUCUUCACAUUUGGAAAUUACAUUGACAGCUGUAUAACUUAAAUUUGAGGGUAUUUUAAAGUAUAAGGCUGGUAAUGUUCUAUAUAUAUAUUUUUUUUUUUGUCAACAAAUCCUCCUAACAAUAAUGUCUUACUCUGUUCUCUCAUUAUUUUCUCUCUCCUACCCUGUCUGUGCAACCCCUCUGGUCCAGACUGAAAUAUCUUGACAAUUAUGUGAUGGAUUGCUUGAUUCUUCUACCAUCAUCAUAAGGUCUAAAUAGUACCGAUACUGUGGUUUACUGUGCUUUGCGUUUAGUUGUAAUUAGCAAAUGUUAGCAUGCUAACACGCUUAAACAUUAUACCUGCUAAACAGUUGCAUGUUGACAUAGAUAUCAAGACAGUUUGGGGAUUAUAGAGUCGGAUGUGAGGAUUAAAAUGCUGUGCACUGACAAUAUCA